AUGAAGGCCAUCAAGGGUAUGCUCCUAACCUGUGAUCCAGCAGCGAAACAGCUGCUGCUCACGCUCGACGAGCGGAUGCGCUUCAUCAUCAUGGAUCUCGACGAGACGCACCUCCUCGUCUCGCCCGACAAGGUCGAGUGGAUGCGCACCGAACUCGAAUCAGAGCUCGAGAAGAACACCUACACCCUCGAAGGCUAG